CUCCUGGGCGCCCAAAAUGCCCCGCUACGAACUGGCGUUGAUCCUGAAAGCCAUGCAAAGGGGUUGGUACAGUAGGCCUCAGUAGACUUAGCUGCGCCUAAGAAUUUCUCCUACAUCAAGUUAAUGGUGAUGCUCUUGUGGAUUGGCGAAUAAAAGCUCACGUUAUAUAUUUCAGAAGCGGAGAAAACAAGUUUUGUCUUCUCAAAGUUGUACCACAACCACUACCAUCAAGACAGCAAACCAAUGGACAAAGACUUUGAACCAGUGUGUUCAAACUAAAGUGAUUUAUCUUGCUAAGGCUUGAGGUUUGGGAUUUGGACAUCAACACCUGGAAGUUACUUUGUUUACCAACAUGAGGGCGGCUUUGGAACCAGCAGACAUUGCCGUUGUGGCACUGUAUUUUGUGCUUGUCAUGUUCAUAGGCUUUUUUGCUAUGUGGAAAUACAAUCGAAGCACUGUAAGCGGUUACUUCCUGGCAGGGCGAUCUAUGACAUGGCUCGCAAUUGGUGCAUCCUUGUUUGUGAGCAACAUUGGGAGUGAACACUUCAUUGGGCUUGCAGGAUCUGGAGCAGCAAGUGGAUUUGCCGUGGGCGCAUGGGAGUUCAAUGCCUUAAUGCUUUUGCAGCUCUUAGGAUGGGUCUUUGUUCCAGUUUAUAUACGAUCUGGAAUAUACACCAUGCCUGGGUACUUAUCCAAACGAUUUGGAGGUCAUAGAAUUCAAGUAUACUUUGCAGUACUGUCUCUAAUACUUUACAUCUUCACCAAACUUUCAGUAGACUUGUAUUCAGGUGCACUGUUCAUUCAAGAAUCACUGGGUUGGAAUAUUUAUUUGUCAGUUAUUUUACUGAUUGGAAUGACUGCGUUGCUGACAGUGACAGGAGGUCUGGUGGCAGUCAUCUACACUGACACGGUCCAAGCUUUGCUUAUGAUUAUUGGUGCCUUCACCCUUAUGAUCAUAAGUAUUACAGAAGUUGGAGGGUUUGAAGAACUUAAAAGAAGAUACAUGUUGGCAAAACCUAAUGUUACAUCAAUCUUGUUGACAUAUAACCUCUCCAAUACAAAUUCCUGCCAUGUUGACCCAAAGCCUGAUUCACUGAGAAUGUUGCGUGAACCAACUGAUGAAGAUAUACCUUGGCCUGGUUUCCUUUUGGGACAGACUCCAGCUUCUGUAUGGUACUGGUGUGCAGACCAAGUCAUUGUUCAGCGUGUUCUAGCAGCAAAAAAUAUUGCUCAUGCCAAAGGAUCUACUUUAAUGGCAGGUUUUCUAAAGCUUUUACCUAUGUUCCUUAUUGUUGUUCCUGGAAUGAUUUCACGGAUACUAUUUCCAGAAGACAUUGCAUGUAUCAAUCCGGAGCACUGUAUGCAAGUUUGUGGGAGCAGAGCUGGAUGCUCUAAUAUUGCCUAUCCACGUUUGGUAAUGAGACUCGUUCCUGUUGGCCUUCGAGGCCUCAUGAUGGCUGUUAUGAUUGCUGCACUAAUGAGUGACCUGGAUUCUAUAUUUAAUAGUGCCAGUACCAUAUUCACUCUUGACAUCUACAAGCUCCUCAUAAGGAAGAGAGCGUCAUCUAGAGAACUGAUGAUCAUUGGAAGAGUUUUUGUUGCUUUCAUGGUGGUAAUAAGCAUUGCUUGGGUUCCAAUAAUAGUAGAAAUGCAAGGAGGCCAAAUGUAUCUGUACAUACAAGAGGUAGCAGACUAUUUGACACCACCAGUGGCUGCUAUAUUUCUUCUGGGUGUAUUUUGGAAACGUUGCAAUGAGCAAGGGGCCUUCUUUGGUGGAAUGGUUGGUUUUGGAUUGGGAGCUGUUCGACUGAUACUGGCAUUUAUAUAUCGGGUCCCAGAAUGUAAUCAACCAGACACUAGGCCUCUCUUUAUCAAAAGUGUCCAUUAUAUGUAUGUUGCUACUGGGUUGUUCUGGAUCACUGGAAUUGUGGCUAUGAUAGUCAGCUUACUUACACCACCACCAUCAAAGGAGCAAAUUCGCAUGACAACGUUCUGGUCUAUGAAAAGCAGGACAGUAAAAGAAAGCACUUCUGUGGGCAACUCAUUGACAACACAAGAGAAAACCAUCUUAAAAUACAGUGAAACCUCCAAUCCUAUAUCUUCAAACGGAAAAUCUGAAGAAAAUGUUAAAAGUGAUUCACCAGAAAAUGUCAAUCUCCUAAUUACUUGCAGUGAUGAAAGCAAUCCAAUGAUUUCUCUAAGUAACUCUGAAGUUGAGACACCAGUUGAUUGUUAUUCUAAUGGCCAGGCAGCUCUUAUGGGUCAAAAGAAGACCGAGAAGGAGACAGAAAGUGGUGACAAAAACAGAAAGUUCAUAGAUUGGUUCUGUGGUUUCAAAAGUAAAGGCAUGAAUGAUAGAGUCAUCCCAGAGAAGGGGGAAGAUGAGACUGUUUGUUUACAAAUGCUGGAAGAGAGCCCCAAAGUUAAAUUACUACUAAAUUGUGGACUAAUUUGUGUGUGUUCACUUGGAAUAUUCAUGUUUGUUUAUUUCUCUUUGUGAACAAAUGUUUAAUUUAAGAGUAUACUCAAAAAGAAGUAGAGAUGGUUGCUGGAGAAAUAUUUAUAUAAAAACGUGUGUGUUUGUGUCUUACAUCUCAGGCAUCUUUUACACUAUAAUCAGCCAAACUAUUUUUCGGGCAAUCUGAAAAUCAUUAGGCUUUUUAUGUUACAGCAUUUCUGUUUUAGCACAGAAUUCUGGGGAAUUUAGUAUUGAGUGCUAAAGAUGGGGCUUUGAUAUACCAAAGUAAAAUAUUUCCUGUGUUAAAUAUGACAUUUUAAUGCACUCUGUCAAAGAUCCUGCAGAAGUAGAUACUGUGUUAAGGCUAGAGAAAGUACCAUUUCAUGUUUGGUCAAGACACUGUUAUGAAGAAUAUUUCAUAAUAUUUUUGAAUGUGAGGUGAUGCUGUUCUUUGGAUUGUUUAAAUAAUACUUCAGGACUCAUUCCAUCUUCAAAUAUUCCAAACAAAAA